AUGAGGUUCACAUUCCCUCUCAUGGCCAUUGGCCUGGAGGUUGCCAUGAUUGUUUUGUUUGGAUUACUUGUUCAGUACGAAACGGAUCACACCAUUCAACAGCAGUCCAACAGCACCAAGUCAACAGAUGCGGGCCGUUUCAUUGAGUUAUAUCCUCUAUUCCAAGACGUGCAUGUUAUGAUAUUUGUUGGGUUUGGCUUCUUGAUGACCUUCCUGAAGAAAUAUGGCUUCAGCAGUGUGGGGAUCAACCUGUUGAUUGCUGCUCUGGGCCUCCAAUGGGGCACCCUUGUACAGGGGAUCCUGCACAGCCAUGGACAGAAAAUUCACGUGGGAAUCAAAAGCAUGAUAAAUGCAGACUUCAGUACAGCCACAGUUCUGAUUUCUUUUGGAGCUGUCUUAGGAAAAAUAAGUCCAGUCCAAAUGCUGAUAAUGACAAUCAUAGAAAUUGCUGUCUUUGCUGGCAAUGAACAUCUGGUUGCUGAGGUGUUUAAGGCCUCUGACAUUGGAGCAUCAAUGACAAUUCAUGCCUUCGGGGCUUACUUUGGCUUGGCUGUAGCAGGCAUCCUGUAUCGACCAGGCCUGAGAAGGGGACAUGCCAACGAGGAGUCUGUGUACCACUCAGAUUUGUUUGCAAUGAUUGGAACUCUAUUCUUGUGGAUGUUUUGGCCCAGCUUUAAUUCGGCCAUCGCUGAGGCCGGAAACAAGCAGUAUAUGGCCAUCGUCAACACAUACUUCUCCCUUGCUGCCUGCGUACUCACAGCCUAUGCCUUCUCCAGCCUCGUGGAGCACAGAGGCAAGCUGGACAUGGUCCACAUUCAGAAUGCAACCCUUGCUGGAGGAGUUGCCGUGGGCACUUGUGCGGACAUGACGAUUCACCCAUUCAUUGCGAUGAUCAUUGGGAGCGUUGCAGCCAUGGUCUCUGUGCUUGGGUUUAAGUUUCUGACUCCACUUUUUGCUACUAAACUGAGGAUCCAAGACACAUGUGGGGUCCAUAACCUUCAUGGCUUACCCGGUGUGAUAGGAGGCCUCGCAGGCAUUGUAGCAGUGGCCAUGGAAGCAUCUGACACGAAUCCUAACCCUGCCAUGCAAGCAGCCGCUCUAGGUUCUUCCAUUGGAACAGCAGCCGUUGGAGGGCUGAUCACAGGUUUAAUUCUAAAACUUCCUAUCUGGGGACAGCCAUCUGACCAGAACUGCUAUGAUGAUUCUGUCUUUUGGGAGGUGCCUAGGUGGAGAGAACAUGACAAUUAUUUUCAUGAACAUGGCGGCCAGAACCAGUUGGAACCUGAACUCUAA